AUGUUCGCUCCCGGUCAGGAACAGCUCUCCAGAGAGGACAUCAAGGCUGGUGAGGCCCAGGCCAACCAGACCGUCCGCAUGGCCAUCACCGGCGGUGUCCUCCUCUACCUCUCUCCCUUCGCCGUCGAUUUCGUCAAGAAGUUCCUGUAA